UUUCACAACAUCACUCUUCUCCCGCCUCAAUCUUCUCCUCUUUCCUCUCAUCUACAACAACAGUCAUCCACAAGCUGUUGAUCAUUCGUCAAAAUGCAGUUGAUCGUCUACCGCUGGGCAACCUGCGCGCACACAGAGCAUGUCGACCUUUGGGGUCAACGCGCAGAUUACUAUCAGAUCAGUGAUCCCGAGAACAUCAUCGUCAAGCAUGAGGGUACUCCACCUUAUCACUGUCCUGCUUGCAGUGACCCUACUGGAAACCACAAUACUAUAGGCACUGUGCCUGUUGCCGGCGCUGCAGUCAUCCCCUAUGUACCCCUCGUCGCUGGCUCCAAAUCCGACAGCGAAUCUGACGCUACCGUCUCUGAUGGCGGGUCCCACGAUGGCGUUACUCUUAACCCCCGCGUGCAGCCAUUCGCCCCUGGCGUUCAGUCGCUUGCCACUUCCGCAAACCAGCUAGAUAAGCUCUAUGAUGAGCCUCUUGGACACGUCGCUGCCAUCGACACAAGCGAGCUUGCUAACUACGACGCUCACGCUCUCAACCCCUUACAGGAGGCUCGACUCGCUGGCCUGUUCGGUAGUCUCACGACCAACGACCACUCUAACAACAACAAUGUCUCUCAGCAGCAGACUGGUCACUCAAUCGACGACUCUGUGUCCCAUCAGCAGAGCGACAACUUUGUCAACGACUUUAGCUCUCAGCAGCAUACUGGUAUCUCAACCAAUGACCCUGUCACUCAGCAACAGACUGACUUCUUGGUCAACGACUAUCUCGGAGUCACUCAGCAAGUGUUCCAGCACACCGACCCCACUGGUCUCGCUGUUUACGCCCCAAUUGGCUUCCCCGGAGAUCCUUCAACUGACAAUUUCGUAAACAUCCCUCACGGCUUUGCUCCUCACCCCUCGACCGACAUCAUCACGUACGCUCCUACUACUGGCGCCGUCGGACUCUUCCAACAGCCUGCUAUAAAGCCUGUCCGCUACGGUCGUGGCACUGGUCCUGACUUCGUCUCUGGAUUUGCCUCCAAGGGCCCCCGUCGCCCCGCCAAACAGCCAAACAUGAACGCCCCUACCGCCCCUCGCGAUCUCAGGGCUCUUCCUCAUAAGUCCAAUAAGCCGUGUCCCGAAAGUCACGCCGCAUGCCACUGGCACUACGCUGACUGGUGUCACAAGGACCCAGGCACCUGCCCUGCCGCUCUUAAGGCUAUCAAGGCUGCCUAUGAAGCCAAAGGCGCUUGGAAGGGCGCUCCCGAUGGCUGGAAUGACGCCCACCAGAAUUGCAUUCUUGCUGACAACCCUCAGCGCUGCCUAUUCCACCAGUGGGUCGAGCGUCAGAGACACAGUCACCAGAUUGUUUGAGCGGGCUGAAAGGACAUCGCUAGAAGCAGAAGUGAAUUGAUGAAACGUAUUGCCGCACGGCUCCACCGAAGGGUGAUCACUAUGGUGGACGUUCAUGGAAGGACGCUCUUUGAGCCAAGUUAUUCUUGAGCAUUACAUAGUUGA